CAUUUUAUCUUAUGUAAUGGUAAAAUGGAGUUAUUCUUCAACUCAAUUCUAUGUUUGAUGAAUGUGCAAAUCAACAAACUUAGCAGUUGAGCCUUCUGGUGGUAGUAGAUUUCUCAAUCAACAAUAAAUCUAUUCCCGAAUUGAAAACACGUGUAACACACGUUUAUUAUUCAAACUAUAAUGGUACAAAAACAUGUUGUAUAGUUGGUGUUUUAGUAUAAGAAAAAGGUUAUUGUCUUUUUUUUUUGUUUGAAAUGAACAUGACAUGAAAAGUUAAAUAAGAGUUUGGAUUUGACAAAUAACUAAAUUUCUAUUUUAUUUAUGUAUAAUUUUAUUCAAACAUUUGUAAAUGCUUAUUGAAACAAAAAAAAAUUUUGUUGUUAAUAAUUAUGUUAUCAACAAAAAUAUAUAAUACUAUAUGUAUUUGUGAUUUCUAAUAUAAUUUAUUUAGAAAUUAGACUAUCACUUUUAAAAUUGAAUCGGAUGUCACCAAUAAAGUUAAAAAUACAACGGUUAGAGGUUAGGUGUUAACGGGUCGUUUGGAUGCAUCAUUUUGGUUCUAUGGUAUUUCGAAUUCAAAUGAUGCAUUGUUUUGCUAUGUGGCAUUUCAUGUGGUAUUUCAUUUUGAAAUGUGGUAAUUGGUGUAAUUGUCUUGUUUGGAUAAAACAUUCAAAUAUUGUGGUAUUUCACACUUAAAGAAGGGAUGAAGUGGAAAAAGAAGUUGGCAGAUGGGGUAUUUGAAAUAACUAGGGGGUUGGUAGGUAUUUCAAAUAACUCACAAUGAGUUAUUUCAAUUGACUCAUAGACAAAAUACCACAUUCUACUUUAUUUUUGCCAAACGAGUUAUUUUGAUUGAAAUACCUCAUUCUGAGUUAUUUCGACCAAAUUAGCUCAUCAAAAUACUGCAUCCAAACGAACCUAAGGGGUCGUUUACUUCAAGGAUUUUAUAACGAGGGUUUUGUCAUGGAUUUGCUAAUUAAAAAUCUUGGGAUUUAUUAGGGAUUUUGGUCAUUAUGGAUUUGAGGAAAUCCUUUGUUUGUUGAGCUAUUUUUAUCAUGGAUUUGAUGAGGUAGGCAUGGUUUUUCAACUUGUCUCCAAAUCUCAGGGUAUGAGGUGGGAUUUAUAAAACCGUGGGGCCAUGGAUUUGGAGCUAAAAAACCCAAAUCCGUGGGGCCCACAAAUUUAUCUAAACAUUUUUUGACAAAGCAAAAAACGGAUUUUGUCUAAAUCCAUGAUGGUUGAUUUUUUGGUACCAAAUCCAUGAUGCAAAUCAUUAGAGCAAACGACACCUAAAUUCAUUUGAAUACGUCAGACAACAAAUUGAAGCUAGUGAUUUAAGAAACCAACAAAACAAUGGCAGCAAAAAAGUGGGUUUAUUUUUCCUUUGUCGAAACGAAAAAGCCCAUCGACCUCCGUCGGCCUGUUGGUCUUACAUGGCGGUCGGGCCAACGAGAGUGUGCCAUUCCUUUUCCUGUGUGUAAUUGGGUUUCCUUACUGGUCUUUGUAUUCGGACUAUCCUAUUUAAAGGGUCUUUCGGAUCGCUCUCCUCUCCUCAAUCAACUCCACAAACAAAGCUAAUUAGGUCGCGGAGAUUUUGCAGCUAUGGCGAAAAAAAGCACUAGAGGAGAGCUCCUUUUCAAGAGGAACUAUGAUCCGGACUAUGAUUCGGAUGAGGGAUUGCUCCAGUACAGCUACAGUUAUCGAGCGGCUGCAGCAAAGACGACUGGGGAUAGCGAUCUGUGUUUCAGGAAGCUGGCAAAGACGGACAUCUUAAUAUCCCCUGCCGAGGCGAAGAGGAAGUAUACGAAUGAUGACGACCCGGACUAUGUUUCAGAUGAGGAAUUACUCAAGUACACCUACCAUUAUCGAGCGGCUGCAGCGAAGACGACUGGGGAUGUCGAUCUGAGUUUUGGGCAGUCAAAGAUCCGCGCCGCCUUGCUGACGAAUAGAUGGUCGACGGAUCGGAAGCCGAUUAAUGAGGAGAAGUAGUACCUGGAAUGAAGAUCUGCAGCAGAAGAUCACGGGGAUUUCUCUAUAUAUGGGUUUGGGGGCUUUGAUUUUUGGGGUUUAUAUAUGAGUUUUCGUACAAGCAUAAUGUUUGAAUGUUCUGUUUAGGUUUUCAUAAUUGUUUUGUUCUUCCUAUUAUUACUAGUUUUGUGCCCAUGUAUUAAUAUUUUGUUGUUGUUAUUUUUUAACGGCGGCAGGCUGAUAUUGUAUAUAUUUAUUAGGGUUAAUAUAGUUGUAUGAUCCGAACUUUUCACAUAUUAAACAUCCUGACAAAUCUUAUCGACUUAAAAGUCACGAAAUUGUCCAAACCCGCGAUUUUGACCGUUAUCUUGGACGGUCAAACUCGUUGAUUAACGGCCAAUGCGCCACAUCACUGCCAAGUCAGAACACACCACUUAAAAUCUCGGGUUGACCGUUAGUCAAAAUGUUUGACCGUCCAAGAUAACAGAAUUUCGAUGCAUAGUUGAGACCAUGAAGUUAUAGAUCGAAAAGAUUGGCCAUGAUGUUUAAUAUGUGAAAAGUUUGGGUUAUACAAAUAUAUUAACCCUAUUUAUUCAGAUUAAAUAUUAUUUAAACUAUAUUGUGUGAUAAUAGGGCCGCCAUAUGUUGUUUGAGUGUUGCUAGGAGCAACGAUCAUGUAAAACUAUAAGAGUAAUAUGUUCAUCACUAUUUUGAAGACCAUAUUCACGAUCAUCUACUCUUUGAUUGGCCAUCAAAAUUUUAUGAUGUACAUAACUUUUCAUUGAUUUCAUGCAUCCGCAUGUUUCAUCCAAAUAUUGUGUGUCUAUUUUUUUCCCCAGACUCAUGAAGAAAAAAUCAUGCACAUUAUUUUAAUUAUCAUAUGUAAUGAUCGAAUCAGAGUCAUUUCAACUUAUUUCUCCUUUUGAUGAAUGUAUAACUACCCUAAUUUAGAAGUUGAACAUUCUAGUGGUAGUAGAGUUCUUAAUAGAUGGUAAAUUUGUCUUGUAAUUGAUACCUAUAACCCUUGCCCAUCAUUCAAAUAAUGAUCUAUCUUGUCACUCAUAUAUCAUUGUAAAUCCUAGUUUACUCUCAAAAAUAUUUUGCAACUUCGAUAUUUCUUACUAACAAAACCAAUUGGAAUUGAGACGUGACCAAUAUUGUGGUUCAUAGAACUAAAUCUAUGAUAUCAUUAUAGAGCAUUAUGUACACUUGAACCUUACCAUUUUAUCACAUGUAAUGGUAAAAUGGAGUUGUUCUUCAACUCAAUUCUAUGUUUGAUGAAUGUGCAAAUCAACAAACUUAGCAGUUGAACCUUCUGGUGGUUGUAGAUUUCUCAAUCAACUAUAAAUCUAUUCCCGAAUUGAAAACACGUAUAACACGUGUUCAUUAUUCAAACUAUAAUGGUACAAAAACAUGUUGUAUCAUUAUUGUAUUAGUAUAAGAAAAGGGUUAUUGUCUU